GACUGCUGAUAUGACCUAUUCUAAAUCACUUUAUCCCAACCCCUAAAAUGUCAGGAGGCAGCCAUUUUGCAUCACACUCAGCAUUGUGGGUAUUGAACCCCCUCGGGUCAAAUUGUAGUAAUCUGUAAUUACAGACAAUGGGUGAAUGUGAUGAUGAAGACUGGCUUCUAUUAAAACCAAAGGAGCCCUUGCCCUCUCAGUGCUGUGCCAGUGGCUGUAAGCCCUGUGUAUUUGAUAUAUAUGAGCGUGAACUGGAUAAAUGGAAGAGAGCAAGAGCGAAGGGGGACAUUGACCUUCUCACUGGAAAAAGGGAGGCCCCAAUGAAGAGUGAUGACGUACUGCUCAAUCCAGAGUGUUUCAGUGCUUUCCAGUUGGAGUCUUUGAAGAAGCUGACGGAGGCUGCCUCCCUAUACAGAUUCAGAGUGCCAAUUGGUGUCCACCUAAAGCUGAGUUUAGGACAGCAUCUUGUCUUGAGGGGCACUGUAGAUGGCCUGGAAGUGCAGCGAGCAUACACCCCAGUUAACAGAGUGAAUGCUGAAGGAUACUUUGAGGUUUUAAUCAAGCUCUAUGAAGAUGGGUUAAUGUCACAGUAUAUUAAGACCUGGAAAGUAGGAGAUGUCAUUGAUUGGCGCAGGCCAUUUGGAGGAUUUCCAUAUAAACCUAAUAAGUAUGGACAUCUUCUGAUGUUUGUCUCAGGGACUGGGAUAGCACCCAUGCUUUCCAUAAUACAAUCCAUCACAGACAAUGAAGAAGAUGAAACCUUUGUAACACUGACAGGCUGCUUCAGAACCUAUGAAGACAUCUACAUGAAAUCACUUCUUCAAGAGCAGUCACUGUACUGGAAUGUUAAAACGUUCUAUGUUCUGAGCAAGGAGGAAACGCUGGAAAACCUUCCAUGGAGUUACCGUGAGAAAACUCAUCUGGGUCGACUGAACCUUGAGGUGAUAAAGACUUUGGUGAACUCUUGCAGGAAAGCCCCCUUUGCGCUUGUAUGUGGCUCCGUCACAUUUAAUCAAGAUGUGCUCAACUAUCUGAGAAGUGCGGGAUUGGAUGAGGAUUCCUGUUUUAUGUUUUAAGUACUGUGCAGAUUUCAAAUCUGAAACAUGAAAGAAGGUGAUUUGCGCAUUAUUUUACACAAAAAUUCUUAAAGAUGGUCGUGGCCUAAGGCUUCAUCCAGAGCCCACUCCCAUGUUCUCCAGUGUAUUGUCAGUUACUGUGUACAGUUUUGCAUCACCUAUAUUUUUUUAAUUGAAACUAUAUGAACAUAAUUUAGGUCUUUUAUUCAACAUCAUGUAAUCAAGAAACUACAACAUGAUAUUGCAAAAACUUACCAGAAGCCGUAAAGUAGUACAGUAUUUCAUGUUCGAUUUCAGUGUGUCACAGUUUCCAAUGUUUGUCAUUAAGCAUGAAUAUGGUAAUAUGUAAUUGAAUAUGUUAAUAUGUAACUGAAUAUGUUAAUGUCACAUUAUUCAGCAGGUUGCAUUCAACUUUAUGAAGCAAAAUGUGUUAAUUCUAUAGGGUGAUGCAAAACCUUUGGCCACAGCUGUACUGUUACACUUGUUUAUUUUUGAUCCAGGGGAUUAACCAGACCUGUGUCGUUGUACUCCGUUUGAACUGUGCUUUGUUUUACUGUAAGGGAGCUUGGUAAAGCCUGACAAGGUGCAUGUCUAGACAAGUACUUUAUUAUUGCAAGCCCUCUGUAUUAAUAAAAGAUCAGAGCACCAUACUGCCUUCCAGUAUUGUAUAGUCCUGUUCCAAGGUAACCCCCUCGUC